GAACAAUCAUAUUCGCUAAGUACGUGUGAUUUUGAAAAGUUUGAUACUACAACUACAUCCGGUCUCUCGAGCACAGUUGUGGAGGAAUUCGGGUCACCGGAAGGCCGAAUCUAGCCAAGGGCUUGGCCAAUCCCUACGAAGGGAUCGCUGUUUUUCCCAGCUAUGGCCCGGCUGACUAUUCCUCUCAAGAUACAUAACAUCUUCCGUUCGGCCCCAACAAGUCAGCGAGCGUUGCUGUCCAAAGUAAACGACCUUCGAUGCGUCCCGUCGCGUCCCAAUGAUUGCCAGAAGCCGACUCAAGGCCGGUUUUGACUAGUGUGUGGACGAAUUGGCGUAGUAACAGAACGAGCACCGCAUGUGGCGUCAUUUCAGAAUCGCUGCCAGAUACGCUGAGGGCUCAUCUCCGUAGAAACGCCGUUGUAUGCGAGUGCGGCGUUUUAAUUGUAGACGAGUGCGGCGUUUCGAUUGUAGACGAGGGAUGGAAAUAGUAGCAGUAUAUCCGUGUGAAGAGGGUCAUGACGUGUUGUCGCCGUGUGUUUGCUCUCCAUCGCAUUCCUUUCGACUUGUGCCACCAUCCGCCCUACAAUCAUCCUCUUGCUCUGCAGCUCCUCCGUCAGUAUGAAUCCCAGUGGACCUGUUCACAACGCUUCGGUUAAGUCUAUACUGUUAUUUGCUGGACAAGGUACCUCUGGCCUUUCCGCUCUUAAAUGUCAGGCCCAGGUUGUUUCUGAGACGCCCCUUGGUGCCACGCUUUUGCUUGCAUGCUAUGAAGCUUUCCAUCGGGAGCUCGCUUCCCUCACUUCUCAAGAACUGAGACUCACCGGACUGUCUCGAGAGGACUUCGAUGGGUGUAAUACAGUACUCUGUCCUGCCCAGAAGUAUCUAUGGAACCCCAUUCUCUCUGGAACCACACUCUUACUUGCUCAGAGUCUGCAAUACUUAUCUUAUAUCAAACAAUUACAUCCUAAACAUCCUGAGAAGCUGUUUACUGAUGCUCUUGACCGUACUCAGGUUGUCCUUGGAUUCUCUUCUGGGCUUUUAGCAGCAUGUGUUGCUGCAACAUCAAAUGAUAUUGCCACCUACAUCUUGCAUACUAUCCAAGCUUAUCAAGUUGCAUUCUGGGUUGGUGUUCAUGCUCAGUCAUAUCGUGUCAAAGUCUUGUCUAGUGUCUCUGCAUCUGAGUUUCAAAAUAAAUCUUGGACACUGGUCAUCAUGGGAGCAUCUGAAGAUGUUAUAGCCUCUGAGAUUGAUAAAUUUUUGGAAGAUUUGGAUUCUAAUGUGCUGUCCAUUACUGCAGUCUUUAGUAAAACUCGGAUUGCAGUGUCAGGUCAUCCUGAUGUUCUCAUAAGAUUUGAGCAGAGACUAAGGCCUUUAUAUACAACACACUGGACCAAUGUGGAUUCUCUUUAUCACUCUUCUGAUCAUCUCUUGACUUCACAAGCUGUCUUGACUGAUCUGCAGAAACACAAUGUUUGUUUCCCUACUUAUGCAAUGGUGAAAGUCCCAAUCUACAACUCAAGAACUGGACAAGCUAUAAAUGGAAAUUACGUCUCCACAGCUACUCUUCUUGAAUGCAUUAUUGACUUGAUCUUGGUCUAUCCUGUUUGCUGGAAUCAAGUAUUAUAUUCUGUCUUGGAAGAUCUGAGAUUCUUGAAUUCAAGUUUUAUGCUAAUCAACUUUGGACCAUCUAAUGGCCUUUUCAGAGAAUUAACUUUGGAUUUAAGAGAAAUACUUUCAGAUACAAGAGAUCUGACUAAUCUCUCUAUCCCCAGUAUCUCUUUGCCCAGGCAUGAUCCUGUAGCCAUUGUUGGGAUGGCAAUCAAUAUGCCUGGUGCAGAGAACAUACAUGAACUUUGGGACAUUCUCCAAGAUGGUCUCAAUAUGGCCUCAAAGAUUCCUGAGGAGAGAUUCAAUAUUGCUACUUACACUAGCAAUGAACCAGGAACUCGUAGAAUGAGAGCUUCACAUGGAAACUUUCUGGAGCAUGUAGAUAAUUUUGAUGCUGCAUUCUUCAAUAUUAGCCCAAGAGAAGCAAUGAGCAUGGAUCCUCAGCAACGUCUCUUACUUCAUGCAGCAUACAAUGCCUUGGAAGAUGCUGGAUAUACCCCUGAUUCAACUUCUACUUGGAGUAGAGAGACCUUUGGGUGUUACUUUGGUGUUGCUACUGGAGACUAUGUACAUAACCUGCAAGAUAACAUGGAUGUGUAUUAUAGCACUGGAACUUUGCGAGCUUUUUUGAGUGGACGAAUCUCUUAUAUUAUGAAAUUUGGGGGUCCAUCACUUGUGAUUGAUACUGCAUGCUCCUCAUCAAAUGUUGCUCUCUAUCUUGGGGUAAGAGCUCUGAUGAACAAUGAUUGUAAAGCUUGUCUUGUAGGUGGGGUAAAUGCAAUUUUAAGCCCAGAUAUGUUCCUGGGUUUGGACCAUGGUCACUUCCUUUCCCCUACUGGCCAAUGUAAGACAUUUGAUGCUUCUGCUGAUGGCUACUGCCGGGGCGAAGGUGUUGGAGUUUUUGUUCUCAAACAAUUGAAGGAUGCUCUGAUUGAGCAUGACCAGAUCUAUGGAAUAAUUCGAGGAGCUGAAGUUAAUCAGAGUGGUCAAGCUCCAAGCAUCACAUAUCCGCACCAAUCUGCUCAGGCAUUGCUACUUCAGAACCUUUUGCACAAUGCAAAUGUUCUUCCUGCAGAAAUCAAUCUUGUAGAGUGUCAUGGUACUGGAACUCAGGCUGGGGAUCCAAAUGAAGUUACUGCUCUCCGCACAAUCUUGGCUGGUUCCUCUUCUCAGAGACAACAGAAUAAUCCUUUAUUUUUCACAUCAAUUAAAGCCAAUAUAGGUCACUUGGAAGCUGCUAGUGGUGCUGCAGGAUUGGCAAAAAUACUUUUGAUGUUGAAGUAUAAGUUAAUACCUCAGCAGAUAUCUUUGAAAAAGUUGAAUCCUCUUAUUCGACCAUUGGAGAAUGAUAAUAUUAUCAUUAAUCAAAGGAAUACACACUGGCCUGUUCCAAUCCCUGGUUGUCCACGUAUGGCAGUCUUGAAUAACUUUGGUGCUGCAGGGUCCAAUUCUGCUGUACUUAUCCAGGAAAAUACUCAUGUUUUGGGGGACCAGAUAUCCUCUCCUCCAUAUCUGUUUGGACUUAGUGCAAAAUCUGUGAAAGACUUGGAGAAACUGUCCCAGAAGUAUAUUGCUUGGAUACUUAAUGAUAGUCAGAAAGGCCAUAUUUACUUAGGCAAUCUAUCCUAUACAAUGACUGCUAGACGAUUAAUACAUCCAUAUCGCUUUGCUUUCUCUGCUUCAUCUAUACAGGAAGUAGUUCACAACUUGGGAAACAUGAAGACUGAAGUACAGUGCCUCUCACCACACUCUAUAGUAUAUAUGUUUUCUGGUCAUGGUAUGCACUACCCUGGUAUGGGGAAAGACUUGUAUAAAUUAUUCCCUGUUUUUCAAGCAAGUAUUGACAACAGUGAAAAUAUUCUCAAAGAUUAUGGGUUUGAGAGCAUCCUUCCUCUCUUGCUGAACAACACUGUCAGCAAUGCAGAUGAUAUCAGAUCAUCUCAUACUGCAGUAUUUGCUUUGGAGUGUGGUCUUGCUGAGCUGUGGCAGUCCUGGGGAAUCGUACCACAUGCUGUUGUUGGUCAUAGCCUUGGUGAAUAUGCUGCACUAGUAAUUGCUGGUGUGCUUUCAAAGUGUGAUGCCUUGAUUAUAGUUGCC